AUGAGUUCGUGCAAAGCUAUUGGAAUCGACUUGGGUACUACAUACUCAUGUGUCGGUGUAUAUCAGCAUGGCAAAGUGGAGAUCAUCGCCAAUGACCAGGGAAAUAAGACAACGCCAUCGUAUGUUGCCUUCACAGACACAGAACGUCUGAUUGGAGAAUCGGCGAAGGAUCAAGCGGCCAGAAACCCUCAGAAUACAAUCUUUGAUGCCAAAAGAUUGAUUGGACGUGGCUACAACGACGAGACGGUUCAGAAGGACAUGAAACACUGGCCUUUCAAGGUGGUAUGUCAAGACGGAAAGCCUAUUGUGGAAGUCGAAGCGAAAGGCGACACGAAGAGAUUCAGACCAGAAGAGAUCUCAGCGAUGGUACUCACGAAGAUGAAGGAAACGGCCGAAGCUUUCUUGGGACAUCAAGUCAGAGAUGCUGUCAUCACGGUCCCUGCCUACUUCAACGACAGUCAACGUCAAGCCACCAAGGAUGCUGGCACGAUUGCCGGUCUCAACGUGCUUAGAAUCAUAAACGAACCGACGGCGGCUGCCCUGGCCUAUGGACUGGAUAAGAAGCUGAAAGGAGAGAGGAAUGUGCUUAUCUUUGACCUUGGUGGAGGAACGUUUGAUGUCAGCGUUCUCACGAUUGCUGAAGGAAGCAUGUUCGAAGUGAAAGCGACUUCUGGAGACACGCAUUUGGGUGGCGAAGACUUCGACGAUCGACUUCUGAAUCACUUCAUUCAGGAAUUCAAGAGGAAGAACGGACGCGACAUCAAGAACAACUCUCGAGCGAUCCGACGUCUGAGAACGGCAUGUGAACGUGCCAAGAGAACUUUAUCGUCAUCUACAGAAGCAGUUGUUGAAGUGGACUCACUUUUUGACGGAAUCGACUUCCACUCCAGAAUCUCGAGAGCUAGAUUCGAGGAGUUGUGUGCCGACUUGUUUAGAUCUACCUUGGUGCCAGUCGAAGCUGCUCUGAAGGAUGCCAAGAUGGAGAAGCGAGACAUCCAUGAAGUUGUGCUGGUCGGUGGUUCAACUAGAAUCCCUAAGAUCCAGAAGUUAUUGAAGGACUUCUUCAGUGGAAAGGAGUUGAACUUGUCCAUCAACCCAGAUGAAGCCGUUGCUUAUGGAGCCGCUGUUCAAGCUGCCGUUCUCUCUGGAUGUCAAGACAAAGCCGUGAAGGAUGUGCUACUGGUCGACGUUACUCCUCUUAGUCUUGGAAUCGAAACCGCUGGCGGUGUGAUGACAAAACUGAUAGAGAGGAACUCCAGAAUCCCCAGUGAAGCAAAGAACACGUUCACAACAUAUGCCGACAACCAGCCAGCUGUCACGAUCAAGGUGUUUGAAGGCGAACGUGAGAUGACUCGUGGUAACCACUGUUUGGGAACGUUCAACUUGGAAGGUAUUCCACCAGCACCACGAGGAACACCAAGAAUCGAGGUCAAGUUCCAGAUCGACGCCAACGGAAUUCUGAAUGUGUCGGCUUCAGACGAAGGAUCAGGAAAGUCUAAGAGCAUCAGAAUCCGGAACGAACGAGGACGAUUGAGUCAGGCCGAGAUCCAGAGAAUGUUGGAUGAUGCUAAGAAGUACGAAGAGGAAGAUCGACGUGAGAAAGAUAGAAUCGACGCCAGGAACAGACUCGAAGCCUACCUCUACCAAGUGAAAGGCUCUAUCGAUGAGUAUGGCCAGAAGUUGGAGGCUCAAGAUCAAGAAACGGCCAAGCGUCUGAUCGACGAUGCUUUGAAAUGGGUGGAGACGAAUCAGACGGCAGAGAAGUCGGAGUACGAAGAACGACUUCAGGAAUGUCAGAGGAAGUGCAACGAUAUCCUGAGCAAGCUACAUCAACGACCUCAACCUCAGUCUUGUGGCCAACAGUUUGGACAAGGUCAGGAUUAUGGACAGCAACAACAGUACGGGUACCCUGGACAAAGUGGUACUGGACCGACUGUCGAGGAAGUCGACUAA